UAAUGUGGAUGGUACUUACAGGGAUCACUGUUCAUGGACAACCGAAGAUUGCCUGUGACAGCGAGGGGGAUGAGAGUCCAGCCUGCAUCUGUUGGUCCGAAACUGUGUCAUGCCAAGACGCCGACUUGACAGCUGUUCCUUCUGAUAUUCCCCCGGACACCAUCGUCUUGAAGCUCUCCAGAAACAAGAUAUCGUCGCUUCCCAAGAUAGUCUUUGGUUACCUUCCUCAACUGUCCACACUAAACUUGCGUUACAACAAAAUGUCCUACAUAGAGGCAGGCGCUUUCGAUGGGUUGGGCGGUAGCCUCCACGAGCUUCACCUAAGCAUAAACGACCUAGCGAGUUUAGAGGAGGGCGUGUUUAGAAAUCUAACAUCGUUGGAGUAUCUGGAUCUUGUUGACAAUAAGAUAUGUACCUUGAGCUCAGGCAUAUUUCGCGGUUUAACAAGUUUGGACCAUAUUCUGCUGGAUGGGAAUAGGCUUUCAAGUUUGCCCGCCGACGUUUUCUCUGACACACCCUCCUUGGGAACGGUACAUCUGGCCAGAAACCGUAUAAAGAACCCAGAAAACGUUUUGCCUUCCCUUCCACCAAAUAUAACGUCCUUGGAUCUGAGCGGGAACGGUUUGGGGAACUUGGAAACGGCAGCGUUUAUCGGUUUUCCUCGUCUCUCGACUCUCCGUCUGAAAUCAAACAACAUUUCAUUUCUCCCGCAAGACGUUUUUCUUGGUCUCGAAUCCCUGAUCUCUCUUUCCUUGGACCACAAAAGUCUUGUCGAGCUUACAGGAAACAUGUUUAGUAACCAUCCCUCUCUGGCAAUUCUAAGUUUACGCAACAACGAGAUUGCAACAAUCGAGGUUGGGCUUUUCAAUCGAUUCCCAAGGCUAUUGUUCAUCGAUCUUCAGUCUAACAGGCUGGCCUCCUUGCCCCCCGGUACGUUUGCUAACCUCUCUGUUCUCAGAGAAAUUGGACUGAACGACAACAAGCUAGAAAGUCUGGAUAAAGACAUAUUCAAGGACCUUCGGCACCUCCAGACCAUUCGCCUUGAAGACAACGAGAUCAAACGUCUUCCGUCUGGAAUUUUUAGUGAAGCAAACUUGGAAGACCUGUUGAUUCUGAAUCUUCACGAGAACGACCUGACAGUCAUAGAAAACGGCACGUUUGACAACCUUCCGAGCAUACAAUCCAUUUCUCUGGAAGAAAACCUACUGAUGACGGUAGACUGCGGGAUGGUUCCAUCUCAGAACAUGUCGGCGUCGCUUGGGUACGUGAAAGUGACGUGUACAUGUCAGUUCAAACCGCUCUUCGACUGUCCCAACUUUGCAUGGCUCGGAGAGAAGACGCUCUGCGUGCGGACUUUACCGAGAUCUCUAGCGUUAUGGCAGGUGCCGUUACUGAAUGAAAUCUCGCCAGACAGCCUGGCUUGUGCUGGUGCGGGUUCUAGUCGCAUGGAUCUGAUUGUUUUGUUUAUUCUUCUGUUGUCUUCUGUUGUACUGUUUUAGAUACCUGACGCUGCCUUUGAAUAUCUCAUUAGGUGGAUAGAUUUUAUGGUGUUUUUUUUUUUAAUUAUAUCGACAUUUAACGUUACAAUAAGAACAAACUAACUUUGUAUGCAGAAUAACAGAAUGAUGAUACAUGUAGUUGUAAUAUGGGAAGAUAAAGUA